AUGACAAGUUUUGCUGAAGGAGACAGGAAUACAAGGUAUUUUCACAGUAUUGUGAAUGGUAGGAGAAUUCAGAAUCAACAAGGGAUAUGGAUAGAAGGAGAUUCACUUUUGGCAGAAGAAGCUUGUAGAUUUUAUCAGCAGUGGUUUUCUCAAGAUGGUGAUCCAGUAGAUUUUGAUUUGCUACAAUAUGUUCCUAGUAUGGUUGAUCAGGAUACUAACAAUAAACUGGUAAGCAUGCCAACCUUGAAAGAGGUGAAGAAGGCAAUGUUUGAUUUAUCUGCAGAUAGUGCUAGUGGUGCUGAUGUAUACAAUGUUGUUAAAGCCUUCUUUGAUGGGAAGACUCUUCCCAAGUCAAUAACACAUACCAACCUGGUACUAUUACUAAAGAAGAAGAAUCUUGAGACUUUUGCUGAUAUGAGACCAAUCAGUCUCAGUAACUUUAUCAACAAGGUUAUUUCUAGAGUGGUUCAGGAUAAGCUUGAAGGCCUUUUACCUUCUCUGAUAUCUCCUAACCAAUCUGAUUUUGUUAAGGGCAGAUGCAUCAUUGAAAAUGUCCUUCUCACUCAAGAAGUUGUGACUGACAUUAGACUACGGGGAAAACCAGCUAAUGUAGUGCUUAAGCUUGAUGUGGCAAAAGCAUAUGAUAGAGUGUCAUAG